AUGUCUGGCAAGCAAAGCAAUCAUAAUGGAGAAAAUUUAGGGAAUAAGUCUUCAGGAUCAAAAGUGCACAGCAGCCCCAAUUCUGGGAAGGUAGAAGGUAGCGGUGAAUCUAAGGAUAAUACUGCCGAAAUUAGGGCGGUAUUUACUUCGUCCGAUUCGAAGCAAGAUGAAGAAAGUAAGUCAAGACCGCAAACAUCACCUCUCUUGUCAUCGACCCCACCUAGCGUUGCUAAGUCAUUGGUAAGGUCGUAUCCGUAUUUGUUGAUAGUGAAUAAGUUUUUAUCAAUCAUAACAUGGACUAAUGAUGACUACUGGAUUAAUAUCAUCCUUGUUUGUUUGUACUCGUUGGCCAUAUUGUAUUUCGAAAACUUAGUAACAUGGCUGGGACAUUUGAUUAUAGUAGGUAUUAUCACGUUGUAUGCAUUAUUGAAUAAUAAGAUCAUUGAGGAAACAAACUUACACCCAACUUUGGAUGAUGUUGUCCAGGCAUUGACUACUACGUGUAUCAAAGCCGAUAUGUUGUUGAAUCCAAUCACGUCAUUGUCGUUAACUGCCUACGAUAUCAAAAGACUUCUUUUCACGACGGUUUUCUUGACUCCGCUUUAUCUUAUCGUGACAUUUUUACUUGUCAAGCCUAGAAUCAUAUUGUUAUUCACUGGACUCCACAUUCUUACGUACCACUCUUCGUACUCGAGAGUGGCCCGUAAAAUGUUGUGGAAAAUCAAGUUAGUCAGAGUGUUAUGUUUCUACUUGACUGGAUUGGAUUUCCUGCAAGCUAGAAACCAUUCCUUGUUUGCUGCUGCCUUUGCUAAAGUUCACAAAAAUGCUGGACAUUCUUUAGAUUUGAGUAGUGAAGCUUCAAACAAGCCGGUGAGAUUUACAUACGUGAUAUACGAGAACCAGAGACGUUGGUUGGGUAUUGGUUGGACAUCGAAUUUAUUGUCUUAUGAAAGAACCCCAUGGACUGACGAAUUUUUGAAUGAGUCUUCGUCUCUCGAAAGUUUCCAACUUCCAAAUAACGAAAACAACGACUAUUCGUUUGGAGCUCAACAGUCUCAGCAAUUAUCUGGAAGUGAUACUACCUGGAGAUGGGUUGAUAAGACCUGGAGGUUGGACUUAACUAAUGAUGGUGCCAUCACCUUACAGAAUAAUAAGAGAUCUAAGACUACUGCCAACCCAGCCACUGAUGAGGGUUAUAUCUAUUACGAUAAUACUUGGAAAAAGCCAUCGACAGAAGAUUCAUUUUCCAAGUACACUAGAAGAAGAAGAUGGAUUAGAACCGCUGAAUUAGUAUUCAAUGGCUCAUCCGAUAAGACACCUUCUACCGAGGAAGAAAUUUCAUCUAACAGUGCAAGUAUUCCUGGCUCGUCCAAUUCAACCACAGGAGCGGAAACUGGUAAUUCCACAAAGUCUGCAAAAAAGAGAAAGAGCUUAAGAUUUGUUGAUCCUGAAUCUGAUACAACAGAUGAGAAGACCGAUGGACCAGAAUCUCUCGCUCAAGUUGAGAAAGAAUUGGCGGCCGACGAGCAAGACACAAAAGACUUGAAAAGAGGAGUAGAAGAGCUUACCUCAAUGGCUCAAGAAGCCGAUUUCGCGGGCAAGAAGAAUGAUUGA